UGUAUCUCUUAUAGAUAUAAUGGAUCUGUAUGUGCAAGUCUGUUUUCUCCUAACUAUAUUUUCCCAGGGGUUUGCUGGGAAAGAAAUAAAUCCAGUAUAAAGCCACUUAGCUUUGUCCAGUAAGUAUUGGUCUCAGAAGCUCUCUAAGGCUGCCGAUGGAUCCACCAUUUUGACAACAUCUUAUCGGUUUCCUAGCAGUAUGACACUUGAUAAGCAACCAACACCAGAUAACUAUAAACUGGUUCAGUCUGGCCUGGUUCCCGUGGACUGUAGUGAUGUUCACAGGGUCUGGCCGAGGGCUCCCAGUGGCGUAUACCGUAUAUAUCCGGGAGGAGGUCAAGGUCACAGUGUAUAUUGUGACAUGACCUUGGACGGGGGAGGAUGGACGGUAUUUCUAAGAAGAAUGGACGGUUCUGAAAAGUUUAAUAGAAAGUGGGAGGAGUAUCAAAGAGGAUUUGGGAAUGUCUCAGCCGAACAUUGGCUAGGAAACCAGAUAUUACAUGAAAUAAUCGUCCACGGGCUGUAUGAAUUAAGAGUCAACUUGGAGGAUUUCGCCGGCAACAAGAGAUUUGCUAAGUAUAGCCACUUCCGGAUUGGAAACGAGGCUGACGGAUAUCGUCUAACUUUGUCUGGCUAUAUAGGGAACGCAGGUGAUUCGCUAGAUACUGCUAGAGGCCAGAAAUUUUCCACUUAUGACAGAGAUCUGGAUUCUGCAUCUGGAAACUGUGCUGUGACUGGUAGAGGCGGUUGGUGGUAUAAGGCUUGUUACAAUGCUCUCCUAACGGGCGUUUACUACAAAAACACGUCAAAUGUACCCAGGUGGAAGGGAAUUUUGUGGCCCACGUGGAAAGGAAUAUACUACUCACUCAAAUCUGCUACAAUGAUGCUGAGAAAGCAUCAAAUGAAAAGAAAUAACUAAACAGAGAGAUUUAUUUUUAUGUGUUCUCUUACUUCGAAGAAAAUUUGUACUGAAAAAAAAACUUUAAAACGAGCAUUGUAUAAACAAUGCUUGAAAUGUUAUCAGAUUUGGAAUUUAUUGAAUUGAAAUUUUCACAGCUGUUUAACAGCUAAAUAUGACGACCAGUAUAACAACAGUAAUAAAUCUAUCUAAAAAGGAUAUUGGAUGCAUAUUAAAGUCACAGAUGUAUCCUUAUUGAUAUUUCCUGCAGC